AGAAACCAUACUUUAUUAUCCAAUAAAAUUAGUUUGCACAUGCGUAUAUUGACUACGGCAGAAAAAUGAAUUUUAUCAAAAUUGGUAUGCAUUUAAUGUAUUCCAUUAACUUAAAACACUUUCAAACUCUAAAAUGAUACACAUUGUGUUACUAAUACUUUCACAAUGACAACAAUGUGUUACAAUUCGAAAUUGAACUAUUUGACCUAGAUACCGCAACGUCCAUGUUGGCUGUUCCAACUUCAAAACCCCUCCCUCUGAAAAACACGUUUCAUCGUCUGCUUGUUUACAAAACAAAAUGGAGUAUGCGAGGACAAUCCCGUUAAAAAUUGGACUAAAAGUAGAACACAAAGGACAAGACUACAUAAUAAUUAACCAUUUCAAUCAGAAACAAUCUGUUGUACAAUACAUAAUAAGGAAUAUUUCAUCAGGUCAAACAAAACGUGUAUUCAGACAUGAGAUAUGUGAUGCAUCAGUUACGUCAAUGUUUGCCAGACUAACUGAUGCAUCAAUAUACCAGUUCGAGCAAGAGAGCUCGCAAUCAGAUGAUGAGCUUUCAAAUUUUGCUGAAUUAGUUUCUGAACCUGUAGAAGAACCACAACCAAGGUUAGAACCAGAACAAGCUUCAGAACAACCAGAACAAGCUUUAGAACCAGAACUAGCUUUAGACCCGGAACCACCCCUAAAGAAACCAAGGUUCAAAGAAAUGCCAAGCAGAGAGCACAUAGAUAUGUUGGCUCAGGCCAGAGUAGAAGAGACAACUAAGCAACAAACUGAUUGGGGAGUGCGCCUUUUCAGAGGAUGGUUGACAGAAAACCAAUACAGUGACAAGUUUGAGGAACUUGAAAGCUCCAUAUUAAAUGAGAGAUUAUGCUUUUUCUAUCCAAGCCUGCAAACAAAAAAAGGAACAGAUUACUCUAAAUCAGCAUUAGUUGGAAUACGUGCAGCAAUAUCCCGUCAUCUCACAUCUCCACCAUACAACCGUAAUGUUAAUUUAAUGAAAGAUAAUGCCUUCAUGACAUCAAAUCAUGUAAUAACGGGAAUGAUAAAAACCCUAAAGAGAGCCGGCAAAGAUGUUACGGUACACAAAAAACCUGUAGCUGAAGGAGACAUACAGCGUUUAUAUUCAAGUGGGGUUUUCAACACAGAUUCACCAGCAACACUACAAAACAAAGUAUUCUGGGACUUAAUGUUGAAUUUUGGAAGACGAGGCCAGGAAGGGUUAAAUAGUUUGACAAAGUCAUCUUUUGGUAAGUUCAAGGAUGACAGGGACCAUACAUAUUAUAAAAUGACAUACAAUGAGGCAAAUAAAACUCACCAUGGCGUUGAUUCCCAUGAAAACCGUCAAGAGGUGCGUAUGUAUGAAAAAUCAGGAGAUGAAAACUGUCCAGUGGCAAGUUUUGAUUUUUAUGUAUCUAAAUUGAGUCCUAAAUGUAAUGCGCUGUUUCAACAGCCAUUGCUUUAUCCAAAACCAAAUUGCUGGUAUGCUAAUCAAGCCAUGGGAAAAAACAAAUUGAGUCAAAUGAUGCCAAGGAUUUCAAAUGAAGCAGGCCUUUCCUACAGAUACACCAACCAUUGUAUAAAAGCUACCGUUGGUACUGGGCUGAAACGCGCCGGGGUCGAUGAUUUAACUAUCAUGUCAGUUACGGGUCAUAGAAACAUUAAAUCGUUAGAAAGUUAUGUUGCUGGACCGUCAGAUGCACAAAGGCGUGCCCUCUCAUCAACUCUACAGGGUGUAGCUACCGCAAGUAACAGUAAUGAAUCUGUGUCAAAGGGCCCCUCCUGCCAAGUCUCAAAUCAUGUCAGUACAAUAUCCAGGAAUCCUCUGUCCGACAUGAAUAUUUUCACAAACGCUACAAUAACCGGGGGAACAUUUACUAUAAAUUUAGUUAGUAAAGACUUACCUGAUUCUCCAGUACGUCCACCGCCAUUGACAAGUUCAACUGACUGAAAAACGCGGCCUGAAAUGUGCGUGUCAGCUGAACUGUUGACCUCAAAGGAAAAGAAGUUGAUUUAUAACGUUUCUGUUAUUUUGUGACUCA